AUGGGGAGUUCUAAGGUGAUAGGUUUUGCAUUCUUGGUUUUGUUCCUCCUAGAUCUCUCCUUUGCUACUAGAAUAUUGAAGGAAUAUGGGGCCGAUGGAGGUGGCGGAGGAGGUGGUGGUGGAAAGGGUGGCGAGAGCGGUGGUGGUUCCGCUGUCGGAGCUGGUUCAGGCUACGGUUUGGGUAGUGGUUCAAGGUAUGGUGGUGCUGAUGGGCACGGGUAUGAAGUGGAGGCAAGGAAGGUAGAGGUGGCGGAGGAAGUAGCAGCGGUGGGAGAGGUGGAGCCUCAUGGUCUGGAUCAGGCUACGGUUCAGGAUAUGGAUCCGGUUCUGGUUACGGAUCAGGAACUGGAAGGGGGAAAGGUGACGGCUGCGGUGGUGGUUCCGGUUCUGGUUCAGGGCUUUGUGUUUCUGAUCGGGAUGGAAAUGCAAGUGGCGGAGGCGGAGGUAGCAGUAGCAAAGACGUUAAGGGAGGUGCAUCAUCUGGGUAUGGAUCAGGCUAUGGUGGAGGAGGGGACGGAGGCGGGGGAGGAGAAGGCGAUGGAAGUGAAGUUGGUUCAGGAUCCAGAUCCGGAUCGGGGAGAGGAAGUGGAUCGGGAUAUGGGUCAAGAUACGGCGGUGGAGAGAAUGGUUCACCCUGAAGUUGAAGAAACGACCAAUUAG